AUGUUAAAUCAGACAUACAAAAUGCAAAACAUGCAAAAAUUAUAUUUAGUGUUCCAAGAUGUUCACACAAUGGCGAUUAUUGGCUUCGGCUUCAUAAUGGUUUUUCUUCGUCGCUAUGGAUUUUCGUCGGUUUCCUUCAAUCUCCUUCUCGUCUGCUUUGUGAUACAAUGGUCAAUGCUCAUUCGCGGAUUUUUCUCAGCAGAUUUUGCGAAAGAUGGAAAAUUCCCGAUUUCUAUUAUCGAAUUAAUUAAAGCUGAUAUGGAUGCGAUAACGAUCGUCAUAGCGAUGGGUGCUGUAUUGGGUAAAUUAACUCCAAUUCAAUAUGUCAUUAUGGCUGUAUUUGGAGUUCCAUUAGCUGUCACCGUUGAUCACAUCGUUUUCAGAUUUUUAAUGGUGAAUGAUGUUGGUAGGUCAUUGGUUAUACAUACUUUCGGUGCUAUAUUUGGUAUUGCUGUUGCAAGAGGUUUCGUGAGUCCUGUGACAUUUGAACAUCCACAUAAAGGAAGCAAUUAUAACUCGGAUAUUUUUGCAAUGAUUGGUGGCCUCUUUUUAUUUAUAUUCUUUCCAUCAUUUAAUGCAGCUCUUGCUAGUCCAGAAAAUGCCCGUCACCGUGCAAUCCUUAAUUCAUACUUAGCUCUUAGCGCAUGUGGUGUAAUUACGUUCGCAGCAAGUCAAACUAUGGAUCGUGAAAAGAAGAGUCGAUUUACUCUAAGACAUAUCGCAAAUUCAACAAUUGCUGGUGGUAUUACUAUUGGUACCGUUGCUAAUAUUAUCCUGGAACCAGUAUUUGCUGUACUUGUUGGUUGUCUCGCUGGUUUCAUUUCGGUUUUCAGCUAUCAAAUUAUUACUCCUGCUCUACUUAAAAAACUUCGUAUUGAUGAUACUCGUGGAGUUUUCAGUUCUCAUGCACUUCCAGGUAUUCUGGCUGGUAUUCUGGGAUUCAUUUUUGCUUUCAUCUAUGAUCCAACUCGCUAUGACAAUUUCCUUUAUUUAGGAUUGCUUUUGAAACUGAAAUUCUUAAAUCAAAUUCGUGAUAAAGAAUUCUUUUCCGAUUUCGAUAUAUUCGAUGUGCCUGAGGAUUUCGACUUUACAACUCGAGUAAACUUCAUUCGUUUAUUUUCAUCAAAUAAUUUCUGA